AUGGUUUCGUCUAAAAAGUCUUCGGGCGGCUCUGCUGUCCCGCUCUCGCAGAUCGAAAAGAGCGUAACGCACCUCCUCGUCGCCACUAAGCAGCUGCUCGAGACGCUCACGCAAUGGUCGCGCGGCAACGCGACCGACACCCAGGUGUCCGACGUCUACGUCCGCCUGGGCUAUGAGUUCAACAUGGCAUGCCGCGCCUUCGCCGCCAUCAACGUCGACACGUCCGACUUGGGCAACGUGCCGGAGCUGCUGAGGAACAUCCUAGAGUCUACACUGAGCCAGGAAGCCAGUGUCGAGAGCCUCGAGAAAUACCUCCCCAAAAUACGCGACAUCAUAAUAAGUCUGUUGCAUGGGCUGAAAAGGAAACAACAAAAACUCAGGCAAAAGCAGGCGAGAGACAAGGAGAAUGGGGUCCCUGAUCAAGUCCCAGCGAACGCUGCCGCCAGCAGCAGUGCUGCUGGCCCCAGCCGGACGACGAGCACCAGCACCAUGGGGAGUGUUAAUUCGGGACUCACAAAUCUGUUAAACGAAGGCCUGGAAAACGGGUACCGGGCCGACGCGGUAAGGGAUGACGCGCGGAACAGUACUGCAAAUGCCUCGCCGACAAGGCGCUUUCAGGCUCAGCGGGAACAGUCGCGUGGCUCUGUCAACUCGGAGCAGUCCAGUAUCUCCAGUACGACGAUGCAAAACAUACCCGUGCUCCCCCCAUAUCCAGGCGACGAGACCUUGAUGCCGAACGGCCCGGUGAACGGCGACCUCGACAACUUUCCUCCACCGCCCCCGCCGCCAAAGUCGCAACAGAGCGCACUGGCGGCUCUCCAACGCGGCGGAGAUCUGGAAAGACGGGCGUCCCGAAGAUACUCGGCCUACCAGAUAUCCAAGCACCUGGGGGCGCAGGGUGCCCCUAUACCUAUGCUCCCGCCGCAGACAACGCCAAUACCCAACCGCGGGCGAGGCGAAGUCAGAGAAUCCAUGCGCGCGAUGCAGACAAGGGAAAAUGUUCGCCACAAACGCAACGUCUCGAGCCAGUCCAAGACCGCUGGAGAUUCCUCGCCCGUGCGAGUCCCCAGUCGAGUCUCAGAGGAGCCUGAAGAGGGUCCCGCCGAGCUUCCUGCCUCUGGCCAGACGCCCACGAUAGAGUCGCCAGAAGAAAGCUACUUCAAGCCGACCGCGACUCUAAAGGGGCCCCCAACACUUGAACCUAUACCGAUGAUUAAUCUGGGCGACUUGGAAGAGACCACAAGGCCACCAAAGGCUGCCGCACCAAAGGCUGCAGCGCCUCCCGCACGUGCAGAAACACCCGAUAAGCAGCUCCCGAGCUCGUUCAUGCUGGAAAACUCGCCACCCCCGACGACCAAAGAGUUGACCCUCUUCUUACAGUAUAAAUCAAAAGUCAAGAAGUUUGUGCUUCCAGAAGGCUACGAGGAGCUGUCGAUAGGCCGCUUGCAGCUCGCCUUUAUCGAGAAGUUCUCGUGGAAUACUCAGCAGAACGGGGCUGACCUGCCCGAUAUAUACAUCCAAGAUCCUGUGUCGGGCGUGCGCCACGAGCUCGAAGACCUGUCAGACAUCAAAGACCGUACCGUCCUGGUGCUCAAUGUCGAGCCGCUGGACGAGGUGAAGAAGCACAUCGACGAGGGGCUUGGCUCGCUCACCAAGAUUGUGCAGCAGGUCAAGCAGAACAUUGACGAGCACGGUGCUGCCAUCCAGAGAGUAUCCGAGCGCCAGCAGGAGACGGCCAAGGAUGUGGCGCGACUAGCGGCGGCGCCUCCUUCGAUCCUAACGCCGCCUGCCGACUCGCCGAGGUCAGCCGGGCCUGCCACGAUGCGCAAGUUCAACCCUGGCCAGGUGUCGGAAAUCCAGAACCUGCGGCGAGACCUGGCGGUGCUCCGCCAGACCUACUCCAACUUCCAGUCCGAGGUGGAGGGCUCCAUGUCGGCGCUCCGAAACAAGGCCAACAAUGUCAAGAAGGCGGCUGCCAAGGCGGCGGUGCCGGGCGUCGAGGGCGCCUCGGGUCAGGCCUACGUCAUCAAGGGCCGCAAGCAGCUGAACGUGGACAGCGACCGGUUGGUCAACAAGGUGGACGACCUACAGGACCUGGUCGAAGACCUCCGCAAGGACGUGGUGCACCGGGGCGUGCGGCCCCUUCCUAGGCAGCUCGAGGACGUCACCAAGGACAUUACGCUGCUCAGCAAGGAGCUCAAGACGAUGGAGGACUACAUGAAGCAGGAGAAGCCGCUGUGGACCAAGAUCUGGGAGAAGGAGCUCGAGGACGUGUGCCAGGGCCGCGACGAGCUUCGCGUGAUGGAGGACCUCAUGGUGGACCUGCGCGACGACCUCGAAAAGGCGUCCGAGACGUUCGCCCUCGUCGAGCAGGCCACCAAGGAGCAGAUGAAGGACGCUGGUGCCGACGGCUCGGCGCCCACCGUCAGCCUCCGCCAGUUCAGCAAGGGCCUCAACAGCCUCGUCAGCAAGUCGGCCAGCCUCGCGGACCCCGGCGCCGCAAAGGAGGGCGUCCUCGGCGAGGUCCGCGCCCUCCAGCCAAACCACGAAGACCGGCUCGAGGCCAUCGAGCGCGCCGAGAAGCUCCGCCACAAGGAGCUCGAGAGCCGCCGCGACAACCCCCUCACCAUGGAGCUCACAAACUUUGUCGGCGAGGGCAAGCUCAAAAAGUCGGGCGGCUUCGAGGAGGUCGAGCGCGCCCGCAAGGCAAAGGACGACCGCAUCCGUAGGGAGGUCUGGGAGAGGCAGAACGGCAUCGUCUCGGCCGACCCGCCCUCGGGAGAAGCAGGGGCCGAUGACGGGGACGGGCUGCCCGUAGUGUGA